AAACCGAAUGAGAGCAGCGCGAGGGCCCGGAAGCUGCUGAUGCCAGAGGCUCGGGCCCCGGUCUCGGCUGGGCCAUGGCCCCGCGGCCCAAGGCCUUCAAGAUCCGCGGCCUGCGCGGCCCCCAGAAGUACGGGGUGGCGGGGAGGAGCCUGCCGGAGCUGCUGCGCAAGGCGGGCAAGCUGCUGCAGCUUUCUUUUCCUGACUGCCGGCUCUGUUUGUAUGAGGAUGGGACAGAACUGACUGAAGGUUACUUCCACAGCAUUCCAGAUAAUACAGACCUUAUACUACUAGCCCCAGGGGAGACCUGGCAGGGUUUUGUCAGUGACAUAGAUCACUUCCUAAAUACAUUUUACACACAAAAAGAUGAUAUUGUUGAGGCUGCACAAAAGCUGCUAUCAGAUGAGCAGGCUCCCAAGAUACAGAAGCUUCUAGUGGAUCUUAUUCAAAACCUAAGUGAAAACAUUUUGGCGGAAAGCAGAGAGGAAGACAGAAAGUGGUUUGAAGGUGUAGAGUCUCGCUUUAAGAAUAAAUCAAGUUAUAUGAGAUACAGUUGUGAAAGCAGAAUACGAAGUUAUAUGAAAGAGGUUAGCAGUUAUACUUCAGCUGUUCAUCCAGCAGCACAAGCAGAAUAUAAAAGAAUAACUGACUUCAUGUUGGAUAAACUGAAGUCUGUUAAAUAUAAUGGCUGUUACUUUGACAGAAGAGAGGAGGCAGUGGUCCGCCUCUGCACUACUGAGGGAUGGUUCUCCUGUCAAGGUCCUUUUGACAGGGAUUACUGCCUGUGUAAACAUUCCAUCAAUCCUUACAGUAACAGGGAGAGCAGAAUCCUCUUCAGUACAUGGAAUCUUGAUCAUAUAAUAGAGAAGAAACGUACUAUUGUCCCAACACUGGCGGAAGCUGUCAAAGAACAAGAUGGAAGGGAAGUGGCCUGGGAAUACUUCUAUCAGUUGCUGUUUACUCUGGAAAAUUUAAAACUAGUGCAUAUUGCUUGCCAUAAGAAAACCAGCCAUAAUCUUACCUGUGACAAAACUAAAAUAUACAGAAAAAGGAAGCGUAUGCGGAAGGUCUCAAAGUGACUUCCCUGAAGGUGGCUCUUUGCUGGGGUUUUCUAAACUAUUUCAAAGGACACCAUUUUUAAUAUUUCUAAAAUUCGUAGUGAAAGAACAUUAUAGAUUGAUCUCUUCUUGCUAAAUUCCGUAAUAUAGAUGUGGCUGCAAUCAAACCUAGUUCAAACAUUUGUCAUUCCACCUUUCAUACACUUGGUUCCUGAGGCCCUAGUUCAUUUUCCAAGCAACUUGCAUAGUUUAUAGAAUGUGAAAUGUAGUUUAUAUAACAGACCUUUUAUACCAAGUGUCCUGGCCCUUUAGCCAUAGGUACAACCUAGGCAGUUGAAGUCUCUCCCAAACCCAGUCAUGUUGGCUUUUGUGUCUCACAUGAAGCCAGACAGGAGUGCUGCCUGGAAAUAAAGUGCAGUCUCUAUAACUGAUUCAAUCCUGGCCAGUUUUGUAGGCAUGCCAAAAAUGGGAAAAGUUGUACUAAUGUGGACCCCACUAAAUGACUUUGAGGGAGAUCUUCAAAGGGUACCUAAGGAAGUCAGCAGCAUAGAUCCCCUUAAAAUUCAUUAGGGCCUGUACUUAAACAUUUAGACAUUUUAGAACAUUUCCCCCUCAACUGACCACAAACUGCCAGAAGGGUAAAGACUUAACAUGUUCAGAGCUAGAUCUGAUUGAGAGAUGAAAGGCUUAGUAUCCCAUUAUCAAUCCAGGCUCUGAUCUCUUUCUUACAUUAGAAGUGCAGGUCCAAGAAGCAAGCUCCAGCAAAGUUGAGCUAUUUCUGCAAAUCAUUAAUUUCCGAGUGCUCUGGAACAACAAUGCACUUAGCUAUUGCUUUCAACAUUAAGUCUGUGAGGUAGUUAAGUUGGUUUACAGCUGGGCAAACAAUCCCUGUGCCUCAGAUUUACCAAAGGCCACCACACACUCAGUAGCAGAGCUACUCCCAGUCCUGUGUCCCAGGGAUCUCUGCUCUAAUCUACUAAUGACUCCCAUUUUUAACCUAUACUAUUAUUUUGUGUACAUAUUUUCUAAAGAAACUAUCAGUGGUGCUA